AUGCUACGCACCGUCUUUGCUCGUGGUAUGGCCACGGCCUCUACUAGUGGGCUUGUAGCUCCCCCUGUCUUUUUGUAUGGUGUUCAGGGGCGUUACGCGAACGCCCUCUACUCGGCUGGGUCCAAGAAGAACCAGUUGGAAGUUCUAGACAAGGAAAUGAGCGAGAUCAAGAAGCUUGUAGUUGAUAACGAAGAUUUCAGAGCUUUCAUAAAUGAUGCUAGUUUGCAGCGCACACAGAAGCAGUCUGGUAUUCAAGCUGUACUAUCAAAAGGUGGAUUCUCCCAACUAUCCAUUGACUUUAUCG